AUGUCAGGAGAAAUAGAAAAUAAUGAACGUGAAAUUCUUCAUCUUCAUGUUGGAUCAGGUGGAAUGGAAGUUGGACAUUCUUCUUGGCAAUUAUAUUCAAUUGAACAUCAUUUAGAUAAUGAUGGAUAUGUAUUAAAUGAAGAAAAGCCUCCGAAAUCUUUUUUCUCGUCGAUGAAUAAUGAUAAUAAUGAAAGAAAGAAAUUUCGUCCUCGAGCACUUUUUAUUGAUACUGAUUGUUCUACGAUUGAUCAAAUUCGAACAAGUGAUCUGAAGAAUUUCUAUGCUGAUCAUCAAUUUUGUGUUACAUCGGAUUGUUCUGAAAUGUUAAUGAAUAAUAUUCGAAAAGAAAUUGAAAUCUGUGAUUAUUUUCAAGGUUUUAUUCUUUCUCAUUCAACAUUUGGAAAAUCUUCAAAUUUAACUUCUGAAUUAUUAAAUCAUUUAAAAAAUGAAGAAUAUUCAAAAAUGACUAUUUUAACAAAUUCAUUAAUUGGAUCAUCCAUUAAUAUUAGUCAUAUGUCUAAUCUACUAGAAACUGCCGAUAUUGUUAUACCAAUGGAAAAUAAAGCCAUUUCUAAUUUAUGUAAAUAUCGAUUAGAUAUUUCUACACCUACUUAUUCCAAUAUCAAUCAAUUAAUAUCUUAUUGUUGGAGUAAUCUAACAUGUGAAUUGAGGUUUGAAGGAUGUGCAUUAGGAACAUUAGAUGAAUUUUCUAGAGUACUUGUUCCUCAUCCGCCAUUAAAGAUUAUUUCAACGCAUCUUUUACCAUUAAUUCCAAGACGAUUUCAAGAUGAUAUUGAUUUUAAAUCUCCAUCAGUAUAUGAUAUGUGUAUUCCAUUUAUUUCUGAAGCCAAUACAUGUUUUAUUCAUGAUAAUAAUCCAUACAAGUUAGUAUUAUCAUUAUGUUUACUCUUUCGUGGGGAAAAGAUCGUUCCAAAAGAAAUUGGACAAAAAUUAAUUUGUGAUAUGAAAAAAUCCAUUCGAUUUUCUGAGCGUGUACCAACUGGAUUCCGCUGUGGUAUCAAUUAUCAUCCUCCAGUUCAAUUUCGUCAUCAAACCGAUAUGACACUUACUGAUAAACAAGUUUUAAUGUUGACUAAUCAAACAACAACAUCGAUAUAUUUAUGUGAUUUAGCGUUAAAUCAAACAGAAUCAGAAAUAGAUGAAGCAAGAAAUUCUAUCCAAGAUUUAAAGGAAUUUUAUGCUGAAUAUGACAAAGAAAUUCGUCAAGAUUAUCAAAUGUUAUGA